ACUCAGUCCCGGAGUGGGAGGAGCUGCCCGGAGAUUCAGCCAAGCAGAAAGACACCAACACCAGAAAGCUUUCAAAAGAGUUGGGAUCCCGAGGAAUUCAUCAGAAGCAGCAGGAGCUGUUCGGAGAAUCUUGCGGAUCCUAGAAAGCCUACGGACAAGGCACUGGGGGUUACAUCGAGGAGAAGAUCAGAUCCGAGGGGGGGAUCACUGAGACCCCCUCCCCAUGAGGAGUGUCAUUUCAGCCUCCGCCUGCUAAGUGGGCGAAGGAGCGGACGGAAAGGAAAUCCAAACCAGAGGGCAGGAAGACAUCUGACCUAGUAGGGAGCUGACCGCCCUCCCUGGUGCUGAAACGUCCCGUCUGGUUGGAAGGAUGCUGGACGGCAACUGAACGUCAGGAACUUUGGUUCACUUUUAUUCCAAGCAAGGAUCAAGUGAGAGGGUGGUCGAAACUACCCUUCACCACGGGAAAAGGGAUGACCAAGCCAUAUGCCAAACCCAAAGAGAUGGCUGAGCUCAUGUCUUCUCAGCCAUGGAUAGAUGAAGCCCUGAGCUCCCAGGAUGAGAUGAAAGAGGAAGAUGGUCGACAGAUUUCCUAUCGCAUACUUGCAGGCAUUAACGAAGAUCACGACAGCAUCGAGGAAGAAGAAGAGGAAGAAGAUGGCGGGAAGCCAAAGAGGAGGGGGCCAAAGAAGAAGAAGAUGACCAAGGCAAGGCUGGAGCGGUUCAGGGCCCGGAGGGUCAAGGCCAAUGCUCGGGAACGAACACGAAUGCACGGGCUCAAUGAUGCUUUGGAUAACCUUCGGCGGGUGAUGCCCUGUUACUCCAAAACACAGAAACUAUCUAAAAUUGAGACCUUGAGACUAGCCAGGAACUAUAUUUGGGCGUUGUCAGAGGUUCUGGAAAGUGGACAGACAGCAGAAGGAAAAGGUUUUGUGGAUAUGCUUUGUAAAGGUUUGUCCCAACCUACCAGCAACCUGGUGGCUGGCUGCCUGCAGCUGGGACCUCAGUCUUUGUUUAUGGAAAAAAACGAGGAAAAAACCUCCACUUCUGACUCAGCUGUGCCCAGCCAUGGUUUCACCUACCAGUCGCCAGGGCUGCCCAGCCCGCCAUACGGAAACAUGGAGACACAUUUGGUACAUCUAAAGCCGCCCACCUUCAAAAGCCUGGUGGAUCCUUCUUUUGGCAACCAUCAUCAAGACUGCACAUCUCCUUCAUACGAGGGUCCCCUGACACCUCCACUGAGCAUCAGUGGAAACUUUUCCCUAAAGCAAGAUGGGUCUCCAGACCUGGAAAAAUCUUACAGCUUCAUGGCCCACUACCCGUCCGUCAGCUUGAGCAGUUCUCAUGGGCAUACCUCUCAUUUCUCAACCGCAAUGCCCAGGUAUGACAUCCCUAUAGAUAUGACUUAUGACUCUUAUCCUCACCAUGUGGUAGGGGCCCAGCUCAAUGCAAUAUUCAGUGAAUAACCCAAUAAGUUUAAACUGUAGUGAAUUAAAGAAUAUGAUUCUGUGCAGCAAUGCUGUGUCAUCUGUAGAGUUGUGGAAGGAAUGGUUCCAUCUGCUCCAGAGGUAUAUGAAAAUAAAUUCUGGACUAGUAUCAGCUGAAGCCCUUUGGGAAGAGUCCCAUCCCGACCCCUCAACAUAUCCCCCCCUUUCUUAUGAGCCUGAAUAUAUUUCAGUGAUGCUGAUCUACGGAGCUUUUGGAGCAUCUCAACAUUUCCUCAGUGGUUUGUCAUAUUACAUUUAGAUUUCCAGUGGGGCUUGUUUGUAGACAUCCUGACUGCAUCCAUGUCUAUCCAAGAUCAUAAUCAUUCAGUCACACAAUGAGCAACCAUCAUUCUGCAGGCAAAAGGUGAGAAAUUGUUGACAUGAGAAAUUGUUGAGAUAUUUCAUGAUAAAAGCAGUGCUGAUAUUUCUCCACCUCUACUGACAACAGACUUUGUGUGUGUGCAGGGGGAAAAGGCAAGGUUGUUGCUUACUAAAGCUCAGGACUUUGGAAGAAUAGCAAUAAUCGGAAGGUGGCUGUUCUCCACACUGGCUAUAUCAAGUCCUUCUCUUGCAAGAUCCAAAGUAGUUACUGAACUGCAACAUGGAGGUUGACCAAAAUGAAAAGAUACUCUCAUCUUUUCAGUGAGGGAAGAAGUUUUCUCAGACUCCUGAAUCUCUUUCACCUACAUCGUACAGAGAACAGCUUUUCUUGACUUCAUUGCAAUGUCCAUGCCUCCAGCGAUAAUGGAUGGAAAUGCACAAAACGCUUGUAUAAAUCUGAUGUGAAAUUAUGGGGGUGUUAAAAGGAUGUUAUGGGGGUGUUAAAAGGAUCAUGGACUCCACCAUUUGCAAACAAGAGCUGCAGUCUAAGCAAUGAGGGGUGUACAAACACUAAGCAAUGAGGGGUGUACAAAGCCCAAGACUUCCUAGAAGCCAUGCAACCUAGACAAGAUAUAUCUGAGAGUAGGUUGAGGGCACAUAGUACAUUUUCAGGGGAACUCCUCUCUCUAGCCAGCCACCAGAUGAUAAUGUAUUUUGCUAUACAUUCCAUCCAAUGUAUGAUAGGUGGGAGAUUCAGGCACUGGGGCUUAAAUUAGCUUAUAACAGAUGAUUGGUACUGACCUCAGCUAGGUUGACUGUCAUAAUUAUUCACAAUACUCUACUGUGGCCAGUGUUUCCCCUCCCCCCAAAUAUAACUGCCCUUAGUUUUAGACAGGCAGUUGAUAAUACUGUUGAUGACGUUUGUCCCAAUGAAAUGCCACGUGUCAUUAUUGGUAACUAAACGCUGAUGAUUAAUUUUUAUUGAAACCUGGGUUCAAGGUGACAAUUAUAAUGAGGUGGACCCUGUCUUUGACUUUCAUCCAGAAAUCUGUUUCAGUAUUAGAAGUUAAUAUGGUAACAGCUGCCUGAUAUCUUGCUAGGACAUUUGGGUGAGAAAAGCCAAGAAGGUCCAUUCCCAAUAUUAAACAGGGAAGCCUGAUUACCUAGCUCGAGCAGAUUGCUUUGGCCAAGGUCUAGUUCAUUAAAAUCACUGUACAGUUAUUUCCAGUGAUUAAUACAGUUUCCCCACAAUACAAAUACUGGUAUUAAUUUCUGUUUGUUACCAAAGCUAUUUGUGCAUAGUCCAAUAUUUAUGGUAGCUACCAGUAUUUAUGGUAGCUACCAGAGAACUUUAGGGUAUCCCUGGAACUAAAUUAAAGCCGCUAAAAUUUUUGAAGGAUUUGUGGGUUCCUCAUUCAAUGGAACAUCUGAGGAGUGCCACAGGAAACUGAAUGAAUUUUGUUGAAACCGUAGCUACAUUACUCAGGGGAGUGUCCAAAUUUUCUAACAAGGCUGGUUUGCCUAAUGUGAACUUAGAGGUUGCUCUUCAGGCAAAACCACUGAGAAAUUCCAAAGGAAGAUGGUGGUGGAGGUUCAAGCAUUUCUACUUGGAAGAUCAGGUUGGGCAUUUGAUUGGUUAAAAAUAUAUGAACACAUCUUAUGCUGAAUCAGACCAUUGGUCCUUCAAAUUCAGUACUGUCCAUUCAAGCUAACAGCAGCUCUAGAAGGUCUCAGGUUGAGAUCUUUCACAUUACUUACCUCUGAUCCUUGCAGCUGGAGAUGCCAGCGAUUGAACCUGGGACUUUCCACAAGCCAAGCAGAUGUUCUACCACUAAACCACAGCCCUUUCCUUAUUUUGGCCAAUUGAUAAGUCAAGUACUGAUUAAACAUCAGGUUGGGUCCUGUAUAUAAAUUCAACCAGUGGAGGCAUUCAUUCGUCUCAGGGUCUGCAACCUGCGGCUCUCCAGAUGUUCAUGGACUACAAUUCCCACCAGCCCCUGCCACCAU